CUUUCUCGUUAUUUUAGGUAUGGUGGGAUGUACGGCAAUGGAAUGGUAGGAAAUCAUGGUGGUCAACACGGAUAUGACGAUUCAGAGAAUAAUUUCGUGAGAUUAGCAGAAGAAUCAUCUCGAAAGGCAUUUCAAUCUAUCGAAUCAGUGGUCAACGCUGUUUCUUCAGUGGCUCAUAUGCUAAGUUCAACACAUAAUGCUGUAUAUAGCUCAUUUCGAGCGGUAAUUGGAGUUGUGGAGCAGUUGUCCAGGCUCAAAUUCCAACUUACAAAGAUUAUAUUUUCAUUAUCUGUCUUCAAAUUUAUCCAAAGGCUGUGGCGAUAUCUCUUAGUAUUUCUUCGUUUGAAGCCGGCAAACUAUGCUAGUGUUGAAGAAUUAGCGUGGAGCGCUAUAAAUCAGCCAUAUGUAUUGGCGAGGUCUGGUUCUCCAAUUAUUAAUUGGCCUGCGAUUAUGUUCUGGAUGGCUGCUAUUGGUGGCCCGUGGUUGAUAUACAAAGCCAUUUUUCAAAUGGUUCAAUCAUUUGAGGAAAGCAGGAAGUGGGCCACUGGCUCCGGUGCACAUUAUACUGCUCAGGCUCUCUAUGACUUCCACGCCGCCAAUGAUAAGGAACUUUCAUUCAUGAAAGGAGAAAUACUUCGAGUAGCACCUAAAGAGGAGCAACCACGAGUGCGAGGAUGGCUUCUUGCCAGUUCGCAAGACGGUGACCGCGUUGGUCUUGUGCCAAUCAACUAUAUUAGAAUAGUGGGUCGAAAGUCCGUGUCUCCUCCUCUUCGAGAGCCGAUGGAUAAUCUUUCAGUGAAUGGUAUGGAAGAUCUCAACGAGAACAAUGAAAAAAGCGUAACAUGGCUUUGUUGA